AUGUCCUCUACCACAACCCUCAAACUCCAGGCUAUUCCAGUUGAUAAAGAAAUCGAAAAUCUUAUCAGAACCUCCAAAGAGAUUGCUAUUGGUCUCAAUGCAAAUGACACUCGUCACUUUGGGCCUGAUCCUGACGGAUUGAAGAUUCUUCCUGAGUCCACUAGAAAACGUCUUGUUGAUGCUGGCAUUGACAUUUCUGAAGGUUACCCUUCGAGACCAGACAAGUCUCUUAUUCCAGUCUACGUCGACGAGGCUGCUGCCAUCCGUGACGACGACUACGAGUACAUCGAGCGUGCCAAGAGAGCUGACCCUGAGAAGAAAGCUCUUCUUGGUGCUGCCAAGCAGGUUAUUCACUUGACUAACCACAUUGGUACCGAGAUAGUUGGUUUGCAACUUGAGGACCUGACUGACCAGCAGAAAGACGAGCUGGCUCUGUUGGUUGCUGAGAGAGUUGUCGUCUUCUUCAGAGACCAAAAGCUUUCUCCUCAAAAGCAAUUGGAGCUUGGUGAGUACUGGGGACGUGUCGAAAAGCACCCUCAAGCUUCCCAGGUGAACGGCUUGCCAGGUGUUUCUGUUAUCUGGCAAGACUACUUUCAAAAGUCCCUGGGUGUUGGUCUGACUUUCAAGAACAACAACCUGGGUAACUUUGAUGCUACCAAGAAUGCCGUGAGAGGUACUCAGGUCUGGCACACUGACUUGGUGCAUGAGAAGCGUCCCGCUGGACUGACUCACUUGCAUUUGGAUGCCAUCCCUGAGUUCGGUGGUGACACCCUGUGGGCAUCUGGUUAUGCUGCUUACGACAAGCUAUCUGAGGAGUUCAAGAAAUUCCUUGACGGCAAGCAAGCUGUCUACGUUUCUGCCCACGGAUACUUAGACAGAAAGAACCCAUUUGCUGGUCCAAAGAAAAUCGAGAGAGUCCACCCUAUCAUCAGAACUCACCCAGCUACCGGCUGGAAGUCCUUGUUCGUGAACAGAGGCAUGACCAAGAGAAUUGUCGGUCUCUCUUCUGUUGAGUCUGACUUGAUCCUUAAUUACCUGUUUGAGGUCUUUGAGAAGAACGCUGACAUCCAGGUCAGAUUCAAGUGGACUCCUUCCAAGCCAGGUUACGGUACCUCUGCCAUCUGGGACAACAGAGUGUCUCAGCACAGAUCUACUUGGGACCACGAGGGCAAGGAGUCCCGUCAUGGCACCAGAGUCACCUCGUUGGCUGAGUUGCCAUACUUUGACCCAGAGUCAAAGUCCCAAAGAGAGGCUCUCGGAUUGCCUUUGGACGAAAAGGAUUUCUUCUAA